CCCAAAUAUCGCGCAUGCGCAUUGUAGACGAGAAGCUCAUAAGGUUCGGCCGCAGGUGUGCUGAAUGUGGGACAGGGUUCACGCAAUCAUCUCAACUGAAUGAACGCCAGUGAGCUCACACUGAGAAGAUGCCAUUUAUCUGCUCAGACUGUGGGAAGGGAUUCACUCACUUUUCAACACUACAGAGACACCAGCAAGUUCACACUGGGGAGAGGCCAUUCACCUGCUCAGACUGUGGAAAGGGAUUCAUUCGGUCAAAUCACCUACUGACUCACCAGUUUGUUCACACUGGGGAGUGGCCAUACUGCUGCUCUGAAUGUGGGAAGGGAUUCACUCAGUCAUCCACCCUUGUGAAGCACUACCAAAUUCACACCGGGGAGAGGCCAUUCACCUGCUCAGACUGUGGUAAGGAAUUCACUCAGCCAUCUCACCUACUGACACACCGGGUAGUUCACACUGGGCAGUGGCCUUUCACAUGCUCUGAAUGUGGGAAGAGAUUCACUCGGUCAUCUCAACUGCAGGAACAUCAGCAACUGCACACUGGGACGAGGCCGUUCAUCUGUUCUGAGUGUGGGAAUGGAUUCGCUCGGUCAUUUCAACUGAAGGUACAUCAGCGAGUUCACACUGGGAAGAAACCAUUCACCUGCUCAGAUUGUGAUAAGGAAUUCACGCGGUCAUAUAACUUGAAAGUUCAUCAGCGAAUCCACACUGGGGAGAAGCCGUACACAUGCUCAGACUGUGGGAAGGAAUUCACACGGUCAUCUGACUUAAAAAUACAUCAGCGAGUUCAUACUGGGGAGAAACCAUUCACCUGCUCAGAUUGUAGAAAACAAUUUGCACGGUCAUCUGACUUGAAAGUGCAUCAGCGACUUCAUACCGGGGAGAAGCUAUUUAGCUGCUCUGAGUGUGGGAAGAGAUUCACUCGAUCAUCUCAUCUACUCACACACCAGUUAGUUCACACUGGGGAGAAACCAUUCACCUGCUCAAUCUGUGGGAAGGAAUUCAUUCGGUUCUCUGACUGGAAAGUGCAUCAGCGAGUUCACACUGGGGAGAAGCCAUUCACCUGUUCUGAAUGUGGGAAGGGAUUCACUCGGUCUUCUCAGCAGAAGGAACAUCAGCGAAUUCACACUGGGGAGAAACCUUUCAAAUGCUCAGACUGUGGGAAGGAAUUCACUCGGUCGUUUCAACUGAAAGAACAUCAGCGAGUUCACACUGGAGAGAGGCCUUCCACUCGGCAUCCCUGUAAACCCUCCUCUGUCCACUCUGACACAUUCAGGACUGUGGGAAGUGAUUCACUCAGUCAUCUCAUCCCAGCUGCAGACACACUAGUGAGUUCACACUGGGAGAUGCCGUUCACCUGCUCAGAAUGUGGGAAAGGAUUCACUCGGUCAUCCAACCUACGGAGACACCAACAAGCUCACACUGGUGAGAGGCCAUUCACCUGCUCUGACUGUGGGAAGGGAUUCACUCGGUCAUCUAACCUGCUGAAACACCAGUCAGUUCACACUGGUGAAUGCCUGUUCACCUGCUCUCAUUGUGGUAAGGGGUUUACUGGGUCAUCUAAACUACUGGCACACCAGGCAGUGCACACUGGAGAGAGGCCAUUCACCUGCUCAGACUGUGGGAAGAGGUUUACUCACCUAUCUAAACUCAAGGUACAUCUGCGAGUUCACACUGGGGAGAGGCCAUUCACCUGCUCAGACUGUGGGAAGGGGUUUACUCGGUCAUCUGACCUACUGGUACACCAGCGAGUUCACACUGGGGAAACACCAUUCAUCUGCUCGGAUUGUGGGAAGGGAUUCACUCGGUCAUCUGACCUACUGACACACAAGUCAAUUCACACUGGGGCAAAGCCAUUCACCUGCUCAGACUGUGGGAAGGGAUUCACUCGGUCAUCUAACCUAGUGGCACACCAGUCAGUUCAUACUGCGGAGAGGCCAUUUGCCUGCGCAGACUGUGGGAAGAGAUUCACCCGAUCAUCUGAAAUGAAAGUCCAUCAGCGAAUUCACACUGGGGAGAGGCCGUUCACCUGCUCAGAUUGUGGCAAGGGUUUUACUCGGUCUUCUAAUCUGAAAGUACACCAGCGAGUUCACACUGGACAAAGGCCGUUCACCUGCUUUGUAUGUGGGAAGGGAUUCACUCAAUCGUCUGACCUACUGGUACACCAGCGAGUUCACACUGGGGAAAGGCCAUUCACUUGCUUGGAUUGUGGGAAGAAAUUCACUCGAUCAUCCAACCUACAGACACACCAGCGAGUUCAUGCUGGCAGAAAAAGAAAGAUGCAAUCUUUUCAGUAAUUUCAUGUUCUCUGGCCCCGACCAUCUUACUUUCACCAUGGAUGUCGAGUCCCUAUACACAUCCAUACCCCACCAAAAAGGCCUCAAAGCUCUCCAUUUUUCUGGACACGAGUUACCCUCCACCACCACUCUCCUCCAUCAUACGGAACUAGUCCUCACUGUCAAUUAUUACCCCUAGGCUCCUCCCACUUCCUUCAAACAAAAGGUGUAUCCAUGGUACUCACAUGGGUCCCAGCUAUGCCUGCCUGUUUGUCAGCUAUGUGGAACAGUCUAUAUGUUCCAAGCCUAAACUGAUGUCACCUUCCCACUUUUCCUAUGCUACAUUGAUGACUGUAUUGGUGCCAAACUAGUCAACUUCAUCAACUUUGCCUCUAAUUUCCACCCUUCCCCUAAAUUUACCUGGUUCAUUUCUGACACAUCCCUCCCCUUUCUCAAUUUCUCUGCCUCUAUCAUUGGGGACAGUUUAUCCACUGAUGUCCAUUACAAACCCAUUGACUCUCACAGCUACAUUCACAGGAACAUUCUGAGAGGGAUUAAGCGAGAACUGUAAUCGCAUCGGUAAGGCUGUGGACCAGGCCAUUCUCUCCCACCAUCCCAUGCUGGUAGCUGCAGCUUAGCCAGUCCUCCUGCUGAGCCACUCAGCUCCAUCGUUCAGCACUGGCUCUCUGAACCCACCCCUACCACAUGCCCUGGGACUGGACCUUCAGUCAUGGAGAAACUAGGUGUGACAUCUUCAGUCUGGGAGAAACUGGAGAUUGGACUUUCAGUCCAGGAGAGACUGGGGAUGGGACCUUCAGUCUGGGAGAAACUGGAGAUUGGAUACUUCAGUCCAAGAGAGACUGAGGAUGAGACCUGCAGCUUGGGAGAGACCAUCAAUGGGUCAGUGGUUUGAUUUCACACCAGGUCUCCUGCCAGAUUGAAGAUAUCAUCCCCUGUCUCUGCCGGACUGAAUUCUCCUCCCCAGUCUCUGUCAGACUGCUGCGAUUCACUCUGCCAUCUGAUCUGCUGACUUACCAGCGAGUUCACACUGGGCAGACACCAUUCACCUGCUUCAACUGUUGUAAGGGAUUCACUCUGUCAUCCGACAUAUAGAGACACCAGAGAGAAGCCGUUCACCUGUUCCACUUGUGAGAAGGGAUUUACUCAAUCACUCGAUCAUCUCACCAGUAUUGGUACACCAGUCAGUUCACUCUAGGAAGAGGCCAUUCACCUGCUCAGACUGUGGGACGUGAUUCACUCAAUCAUCCACCCCUGUGAGACUACCGAGCUCACACUGGUAAAUAACUUGAAAUCAGUUGCUGGGUUUGAUGAACAGCAGCAAUAUUUGCCAAGUUCGGCACCACCAGUCAAUUUUGAACUUGCCUCUGUAUUCAGCAACUGUAAUGGAGAAAUAGUCAGCAUUCAGCUGAUUUAAAAUGUUUCCCCAGUGUGAACUGGGUUGUGCACAACAAGGUUGGUUGACCAAGUGAAUCUCUCCCCACAUUCAGAUCAGGUGAACAGCUUCACCCCAGUGUCAACUGACUGGUGUGCCAGUAGGUGAGAUGAUUGAAUAAAUGCCUUCUGACAAACAGAACAAGUGAAUGGCCUCUCUCCAGCUUCCUUAGACUGAAGAAGUGUCUGAACCCCUUCACAUAUCUGAGCAGCUGAACGGCUUCUCCCCAAUGUGAACUCGCUGAUGUUCCUUCAGAUGAGAUGAAAGAACAAUGUCCAUCCAGGAGCAUGCCUUAUGAAAACAGGUUGAGUGAACUCGGCCUUUUCUCCUUGGAGUGACGGAGGAUGAGAGGUGACCUGAUAAAAGUGUAUAAGAUGAUGAGAGGCAUUGAUCAUGUGGAUAGUCAGAGGCUUUUUCCCAGGGCUGAAAUGGCUGCCACCAGAGAGCACAGGUUUAAUGUGCUUGGGCGUUGGUACAGAGGAGAUGUCAGAGGUAAGUUUUUUUAUGCAGAGAGUAGUGAGUGCGUGGAAUGGGCUGCCGGCAACAGUGGUGGAGGUGGAUACGAUAGGGUCUUUUAAGAGACUUUUGGAUGGGUACAUGGAGCUUAGAAAAAUAGAGGGCUAUGUGUAACCCCAGUAAUUUCUCAGGUAGGGAUAUGUUCAGCACAACUUUAUGACCGGAAUAGCCUGUAAUGUGCUGUAGGUUUUCUAUGUUUCUGUGUUUCUAUGAAUAUAUUGGGACAGUCAAACUCAGUGACAAACAAGGCAUGAGUUAAGAUUUUAGCAAAAAAAAUUCAUUGCAAAUGGCAAAAUAAGCCUUCUUAGGAACAGGAUAUCCAUUCUGAAACUUUUUUAAUUGUGUCAUCAGUGAUAAAGAAUACUUUGGUUUUAUUUGAGACGAUUACCAAAGAGAAGGAUGCAAUCCAGGGGAGCAUGGUAAUAUCGCAGUUAACUUUACACUUCACAACUCCAGCAAUCAUAAGACUGGGUUUCAAUUAAUGCCGCUGUUCUCCCGUGAGGACAUGGGUUUCCUCUGGAUGCUCCAAUUUCCUCCUGACAUACGGAUCCAGGUUAGUAAGUUGUGGGCAUGUUAUGUUGGCGCUGGAAGCAUGGCAACACUUGUUCGGUGCCCACAACUUAUUUACCAGCUGUGUUGGUCAUUGACUCAAACAACGCGUUGCAUUGUUAUUCAAUAUUCCAAUGUACUUGUGACAAAUAAAACUCAUCUUUCUUUCAUCA